UGUGUGAAGGUAGGCCAGGCGCAGUGCACUCUGCAGUGUGUCUUGUCCCUUUGACCAACCUGAUUUUAUUCUUGUUUCUCUGCAGCUUUACUGCAAGAAGCCGGGGCAGCUAUUCAGGAAAGGUGUGUUCGGCGGAGAACCUGGACCACCUGCACACGUCCUGUGACGCCUUGCGGCUGCUGAUGGUCUGGUCCCACCAGCACAGCCAGGAGUGCGGCUUCAUCCCCAACCUGAAAUCCAUCGCCUCGGGCCGCCUCGAUGACAGCGAUUCGCCGACGGUGCUGUGGAGCUGCGCCGGGGGCCACAGCUACACCUGGGAGAUGCUUCCCCCCCGGAGGGGUGCCGAGGCCGGGGGCGCGGGGCCAGGCGAGGGCAGGGCAGGCCGGCCCACCCCCCGCGGUGCAGCCGGCCGCACCAGGAGGCGGGUGCUCAGCAGCUUGCCGCCCGACGGCAAGCGCAGCCACCCGGGCCCCCGGGAGGGCUCUCCCAGCCAACAGGAGGCAGCGCCGGUGGUGGGCGAGACUGCCAAGGAGAGAGACAUGCCGGCCGGCAGUGGUUCCACCCCCCCCACCACCCCCCAAGGGGCAGAAGGCCCAGCCGUCCCGGCACCACCCGCCCUGCCUCGUGGGUCACCCGAGCGGCCGUCCGAGGGUCAGGGGAUCCAGGCCGAACCAGACAGAGGUGCACCCUCCCCACCGGGUUCAGGCACCGGCACCGGCACCACUACCACCACCCCUCCAGGCAGGACCCGGAGAGCUCGCAGGAAGACUGGCCAACCCGCAGCCCCAACGCCAACGGGCAACGCCGACCUGCUGCAGCUGGUGUGCGAGUCGGAUAGUGAAGAGCAGCCCGUCAACACUGCCAGGGAUACCGGGGAGCAGCUGCAACAGCAGGAAGGUUCUCAGGAGUCAGAGAUGCAAGUUGCAGAGACUGAGCUCUUGUUGACGAGGUGAGAUCUCGAGAUCUUCCCGUGUUCUGUCCAGGUGCGUUGUUUCUGGGGUG